UCCCUCCCCCGGUUCUCCCCACUGUAUCCCCCAUUUCAGUACCGCGAGAGUUCGGGCUCCGGGGGCGGAGUGAGCUCAGCGCAUGACCGACAGCGAGCGGCGGGGCCCGGCAGCAGUCAUGGCCGACUCUGUCACCACUCAACCCAGAAGGCAGUUUCCCAGGAUCAGUAAAUCCAGAGCUUCCACUCAGCUGCAGUUCCUUGCCUCAGACUCAGGGAGCUAUUACAACAGGAGAACAGUGCAGAAGAGGUAUGCCAGACCCGAAAACCGUGAGCUGCGAGGAAUACCGCCCUCCCUGAUCAGCGAGUGGAAAGAAAUGUUUAAGACAUUGUCGCGGGUGAGAUGUCCAAGCUCAGGCUGCUGGGUGGAGUUUCCCAGUGUGUACGGACUGAAACAACAUUAUCAGCGAUGCCAAGGGGCUCCCCUCUUAUCCCGGAUGGUGCUCUCCUGCCCGCACUGUGAAGCUGUCUUUGCCUCAAGGCCACAGUUGCAAAAACACCUAAUGUGGAACCAUUCAGAGAAGGAGGAGAGUGGUGAAAACAGGAUAAGCCCACAUGUGGUCUCUAAUGGGGCAAAAGAGAAGUACAAGGGGGUGAUGAAAAAAGGAACCACAGCAAACAAAGUUUCAAAGUCGGGUACAGUGCAGACCACAGGGGAGAGAGGAGGCCUCCCCCAUGUAAAGGCCAAUGGAAAAAAAGCGGAUAUAUAUCUGUCUAAUGAGGACCCAGAGAGAAUGAGGCACAGAAGGAAACAGAAGACUCCAAAGAAGUUCACAGGAGAGCAACCGUCUAUCACCACCACCUUUGGCUUAAAAGGUUUAGGGAAAACAGAGGACAAGUCCAGAGGGAGACAGGGGCGGAUUUUACAAGGGAGAGUUGAGGAACAAAAGAAGAAAGCUGAAAGUGUAAACCUAAGACUGGAGCACAUCAUGAAGCCCCCUUCAGGCAGUGUGGACGACAAGUGCCAACGUCUGAACAACAAGAAGGGUGAGGUGAUCUGCCCCAACUGCUUAUCUGUUACACGCAAAACCAUGGCAGGGUUAAGAAAACACAUGGAUGUAUGCGAACAGCUGCAAGAAGCACUGCGGUGUCAGCAAUGCAGGAAGCAGUUCAAGUCCAAAGCCGGUCUCAAUUAUCACACUAUGGCAGAACACAUCAAUAAGUCUUCCAGUCCUGACAGUAACCCACUGAAUGAUCCCAGAGGGCGGGAACGCCUGAGAAAAAUGUUGAAACAGAUGGGAAAAUUGCGCUGCCCUAAGCAGAAUUGCUCAGCCACCUUCUCCAGCUUGAUGGGUUAUCAGUACCAUACCCAACGUUGCGGCACUCAGCAGUGUGACCGAGAGAAGCUGCACUUUUCCUGCCCUCAGUGUAACAAGGCUUACCAGUCCAAGGCUGGGAGGGAUUACCAUGUGCGCUCGGAGCACUGUGCGGAUUCUGAACAACCAGGGCCAGAGUCAAACCAGACGGAGGUGGUAGAGGAUUUUGAACGGACCCCAAGUGGGAGGGUGAGGAGGCACUCAGCGCAAGUCGCAGUCUUCCAUUUGCAGGAAAUUGCAGAGGAUGAGCUGGCGAGAGAAGAAAGCCGAAGGAGAAAGAAGGAGGAUUUGGUACCUGACAGCAGGAGGUUGAACUACCUCCGCCCUGGCCUGCCGACCUUUAACCCCCAGCUCCUGGAUCGCUGGAAAGCGCUUGUGAAGGAGAACGGCUUCAUUUGUUGUCCCAAUAAUUGUUGUGAAGCAAUAUAUUCGAGCGUCUCUGGGUUGAAGGCUCAUCUAGCAAACUGUAAUAAGGGCAAUCACUCUGGGGGGAAAUAUCGAUGUCUCCUGUGCCAGAAGGAGUUCAGCUCCGAAAGCGGUGUAAAGUAUCACAUCCUAAAGACGCACUCACAGAACUGGUUCCGGGUGUCCAACGUUUCAUUGCCACCCAAAAGGAAAAGGAGUUCAGAAAUCUCACCGGAUAUGUUGGAGAUAAAAGCAAUAGACAAGAAUAAAAAGAAGAAACUCGAGGAGAAAGGCCCGAGUCCGCCUCCCACAAAAGAGACUCCAGUUGCACUAAUAGCCCAGCCUAAAAAAACAUCAAGUAAACUCGGGACGUGUACAGGACCCAAGGGGAAAGUGCGGAAGGGUGGCCCAUCCAGAAGAGGGAAAUAACACCCAUCUGGUGCCUCAGUCCGGUUCAAAAGCCCACUUCAGUAGCUAACAGUAAUCACACCAAUCAAUAUACACAUUCCUAUGUGUGCUCACCGCUACAGCGUAACACAGGACCAAGUAUACUCAAUAUCGUCUAGCUACUACUUGAAAGUCAGUAUAGAAAAUAGUGACGCUAUUAUUGAAUAUAAGUAUAUAAAUUUAUAUAGAAAGGAUAUUCGCAGUCUAAAAUUUAAGCUAUAUCGCCUCCAGAAAGGAAGCUACUGUAAGUGACAACUGUGCUCCUGGGGAGACACUGGUAACAUUGUGUUUAGAUGCAAAGUUUGCACUAAAGAAUAGCGACCAUACAGGACCUUGGAUACUAACUGCAAACUGUGCAGCCUGCAAUCUCGAUGCUCCUCCUUAUCUGCGCCAAUGUCUGAAAAGAAGCGUUACUGAGAAAUGUGACUUAAAAGGGUUUCUCAGUUUUACCAAUUAAAAUUAAUAAGGGGUUGUAAGGGACUAGAAACUGCACCACUCUUGUGAAUGGUUGUGUUUGGUAUUGCAGCGCAGCUCCAUUCAUUUUAAAGAAGUUAUCCCAUCUUGCAGUUUCCACGGCGAGAUGGGACUAAGCACCAGGAACAGGUGAGCAGGCUGGCGCUCCGCUGCUUAUGUAACUCUUAGGCUCCGUUCAGGCGUCCGUAGUGUUUUGCGGUACGCAGCUGCGGACAAGAAUAGGACAUGCUCUAUUUUUUUUGCAGAGCCACAAACCGGAAGUUCAGGGCUGUGGACUGGAAAUGCGGAUGCGGACAGCAAACUGUGUGCUGUCCGCAUCUUUUUCGUCCCAUUGAAAAUUCAUAGGUCUGCACCCGUUCCGCAUAAUUGCGGAACAGAUCCAGACCCAUUUUACGGACGUGUGAAUGGACCCUAACUGUGGUGAACAGGAGCUACGCAAACAGCUAUGCUGCUUCUGUAACUCUCGGAGCUACGACAACAGUGAGUGCUGGCUUGCUUGGCUGUUUCCGUACGCCUGGCCACCUGAGGCUGACGCUUAAUCCCAUCUCGCUCCUUUAAUGUGGCUUUGCAUCAAUACCAGUCACAGUCAUGGACAACUGUGGCACUGUUUCUGGAAAACCUGCAAAUCCUUUCAUACAACCCAUUUAACCGUUGUAUUACAAAGUUGCAACUUGCAAUUUUCUUAUGUUUAAUUCAACACUAUUUUCAGACUUUUUGCUUGCUGUCAGUGAAAGGAUACAUUCAGAAUGUAAAAAUCUUCACGAUGGUAUGUGACUCGCACAGUAGCAGAUAUUUUGUAAGCGAGCACCGUAAUAAUGUUUCACUGUUUCACUCCUUCCCUAUUUUUUAAGAGAUCUGCUUGUUUUGAAUCCAGAGGGUGGAAAAUGAAUGCUAAAAUGUGUUCCACAUUUCAAAAGUCUGAAAAGGACCUUACAAGAGGCAAGGAAGUAUGAAAAGCUGUGCACAUGUGUCGGUUAGGCAUGAUUGGGGCAAGUCUCCAGCCUCUAGAGGUUUCCCCAGGUCUCAUAGCAGGCGCUAGUGUCUCACUGCUGCCCCCUGCUGGUUCAGUGUCGGUAGAGAGCAAGUUCUGCCGUGAUGCUUUAAGGGUAGAGCUACACAGCGAUUUUGUCGCACACGCCCAUCUUGUGCCCAGGUAUUGCAGUGUAGAGGGCUGCCAUAGGAGUGAAUGAAAUCUCAGUGAAACUCACAUGUUUACUGCGACACUUGUAUCGCAAAAAAACAAUGUUGUUUUUUUCUUUUUCUUUUUUUUUGCAAUUCACGUGUCGCGGUUGCAGCAAAUUUGCGAGAUGCACUGCAACACCAUUCAUUCCUAUGGCAGCCCUCUACAGUGCGAUACUUGGGCGUUACACAUGCCGCUCUCAAAAUCGCUGUGUAGCCGUACCCGAAUUGAUGUGCAAGUCAACAUGGUGCUGAUAGAGAACAAGUGGAUUCCAGCAGAAUUGUGAGUGCAGUUUUGGAUGUGAUCAGAUUAUAUGACUCGGGCAAGAUGAGUAUUUGCUAAAGAUUAUUAGAGCCGUCCAGUAACGGAGCUUCACUUUAACACUAAGCACCUACAGUACCCAGACACUUGUUGUUUCUCUAUAAUAUAUUCCACUCUUAAGUUUCCCUUGGUUGACCUUAAAGCCCAUCCAUAAUCAUCCCCCCUGCUCACGCUUUUAUUUGUAUCCAUAUAAGACCAGAUAUUCAGCCGCAGCUUUGUAGGUGUGUAGGGCAGGUACUGAUUUGCGCACUGGAGUGCAGCUCUGAGUGUGCCAGUUCCCUGUAUUCCUCUCAUUUCUCCAAUGUACAUUAUUAAGCAUCCGGCUUCAUGUUACAAUAAAAGGACAAGAUUCUGG